UAACCAAAGUUAAUGCUAACCAAGUUUUGCUUUUUGUGCAAAUGUAUCUACACCUCGCCUCUUUCAGCGAGUUGUGUGAACACAACGAUGCACGAUUACACUGAUUACAUCUAUACCUCAGUUUUUCUCUCGCAGUUCAAGGCAGCGAACGAGGAACCGGGUCGCGUACGCGGGUUUCCAGGGCUCUCUCCCAGCCCCAAAUAAAUCACUCCUGCAGGGAGGAUGGGCUGCGCAGACAUCGACGAAGAGGGGCCAUUCGGUUCUCUGCUGAAAAGGUCUGCCGAGGUAGUUCCUUUCAGGAAGAGAAGCGGGUGGAAGAAAGUCGGUUUGGGAAGGACGGAAGGAAGGCAGACAGCGAUCAGAAGCAAGAAAGCUUUGAGCUUGAUUGCCUGGAGUCUCAGGAACUCAGCUGUCAUCUCCAGUUUUUUGUGCUGCUGCAGCAAUGCCAGAAGGCCCAUCUGUAAAGAAGUUCCAGCUUCUGUGUUCUCCCUUUGUAGGCCAGAUGGUGUCCAAAGUGGGAGGAAGCACCAGACAGAUCAAUCCAGAUGAUUUGAAGCCACUGACACUGUGGGAUACCCAAGUCCAUGGGAAGAACUUGUUUUUGGCCUUUGGCACCAAGGAGGAAUUAAUGCCCAGCCAUGACAGCAUAUCCUUGGAUUUGUCUGAACACAGGUCUGCCAGUCAAAGGCUGGCAAUGCCUGGAAGCAGUUCCUUUCUCCAGGGCCAGAAAGAAAACGAAGCUGAAAUAUGCAGUCCUCAAUGCUAUCAACAAGAAGAGUCGGCAAGUUGGUUGGCAUCUGAUAUAGAUAAUAAUAAUGGGUCCGCUUGGAAAUGGCUCCGCUUCCACUUUGGUCUGUAUGGAAGCAUCCGAGCCAAUGAGUUUGCAAGGGCUAAUAAGGCAAACAAAAGAGGCGACUGGAAAGAUCCAAUUCCCAGGCUGGUUCUGCAUUUUGAUACUGGGGGCUUUCUGGUAUUUUAUAAUUGCCGCAUUCAGCAGUGCUCUUCUCCUACCACUGAGCCAGCAACUGAUAUCCUGAGCCUGGAGUUUGACAGGGAACGGGCUUUGGAGGUUCUUGCGAAAGAUACACCUGUAUGCUACAUGCUCCUGAACCAAAGUUAUUUCUCAGGAAUAGGGAAUGUCAUUAAAAAUGAGGCCCUGUAUCUGGCAAGGAUCCAUCCACUUUCCCUUGGCUCCUCUUUGGAAUCCUCAGACCUCAAAUCUUUGCUUGAUCAUGCUGUUCAGUUCAGCUUGGCGUGGCUCCACAGCAAGCUGCAAAGGCAAAGAUUGCAGCUACACAUUUAUAUGAAAGAUAAAUGUCCCAAAGGGCAUGAGGUAAGGAAGGCCACAUUUGGACCACCAGAUGGGUUGAAAAGGCUUACCUGGUGGUGUCCACAAUGCCAGCCACAAGUGCCACCUGAAGAGAUGGAUAUGCCUCUUUCACAAGACACCUGAGUUGCUCAGUCUCUUUGGCUGUAUGACUUCAAGAGAUGAUAUGGGAACCAAGGAACAAGUCCACAAUAGCAUCAGAGAUCUUGCAAGCCAAGAAGUACCCUACAAGGAUUUAAGAUUUGCAACUACAUACUUUGUACUUUGUCUUGCUCAAGUCAUUAGGUUUCACUUUCCACAGUCCCAGUAGCUGCUUAUGUAGUUCCUGGAGAUUUGUGGUCAAUGAAAGUUAUUCAAGAUCUGCAAAUGCAGCACCCAAGAUGAAGCUCACUACCAAUGAUGAAGCUAUUUCGAGGGAGGGGGACUGGUUGCCAUCCACCUACAAUGACAGCAAUGUCCUCUGUGCUUGGGCCAUGCUUGUCUUUGAUUUACACUAGGGCAGGUCUUUUUUUCCCCCAGAUUUUCAUUUUAUUAUAGGAAUGCCUCAUUUCAAAGAUAUUUGAAUACAAUACAAUACAAAGUAUUGUAAUGACACAAUACUUACAUCAUGUUUAAUGCUUUGAUGUAGGAUUAGGGAUCAAGAUUAUCCCAAGGAGCUUGGAUCUGUAAAUGAGGAAUCCAUUUAUAGUUGGCCUGAAAUAUUGGUAUGCCAUGAAAAACAAACAAGCAAAAAAAGGAAUGGGAUUUGGCUGUGAGGAAUGGGAAGGUAGAACCUGAUUCCAGAAUCUGAUUGUGUUUAGUGUUAAGUGUUAAGAUCAACAUAAACCAAAGAUCUGAAGUUACUAACAGUGACAGUAUUCUGAGAGCUCCACUUUCUCAGUUAUUCAGUGAGAAAUGUAGAUGUAGUAGGGAGAAGUUUAGAGUCCUGCUUAUUUGAAAGCUGAGAGCUCCCAUGUACAUUGAAGCUCCUGGACUUCAUUAAAGCAUGGCUUGUUGGUUCGAAUGAAAUGUUUCUUGUGCAGAUUUUUACACAAUUGGGGAAGUGACAGUGCAGCAACAAUUGGGUCUCCAGCAAAGCGUUUGCCACAUCUCAUGAAACUAUAAUUUUCAAAAUUCUUUUGGGAAAAGUUCUGAUACUUAAAAUAAUU